GAAAUCUAUUUGGAUAUAUGAAUAUUAUAAUUAUUUAUAUUUAACAAAAUGAAGUAUCCCUUGCUAUAAAAUUUAUCACAUUUAACUAAAGUGUUGUUUUUAUAAUUCUUUUUUUUUAUUAAAACAAAUACCGUGAAAACAUACAUAAAUCUCACUAAUUUGUGAUUUUAAAUUUCAAGCUAAAGCGCGUACUACGUGAUGACUUGUGAUUGGUUGUUUAGAAAUCGUAUAGCGUCAAAAUUUCGCUCUUAUUUUCGAGUGUUUUACAAACAAAAGUGGUGUUACGGAAAGCUCAACUGGUUGAUUUCCUAAGUUCUUACGUCUUACGUCGUUAUGGAAUUUCAUCCAUAUGACUCUAAAUGCCACGUCAGUCAAUUUCGUCUCGUUUUGAUCAACAAUUCGAUCAGCAGUAUAGAACUUUUAAUCUAUAUUUUCGUGAUAUUAUUAAAAAUGAUAUAUGUAAUAUGGAAGGGGCAGAAUAUUAAUUAAAAUAAGCUAAGAGAAUGCAUAUAUGCAUUUAUGUAUUAUUGUAUAUUAUUGUUGAAACGUUAAUAGAUACAACAGUACAAUGAUGUCAAAAGAAUCUACGAAUUCAUAUGAUGUUGAUAUAAGAGAUAUGCGAGUAAAAUACAAAAAUAGAAAUGAAACCUUUACAGAAGAAGAUUUGGUAAGCAAAGAACCAAUAGGACAAUUUAAAGCAUGGUUUGAGGAAGCUUGUAAAACACCAGAAAUAUUUGAACCAAAUGCGGUACUUCUUGGAACUGCAACGAAAGAUGGUCUUCCAUCUGUAAGACCAGUAUUGUUAAGAGGCUAUAGUAUGGAAGGUUUCAAAUUUUAUACAAAUUAUGGCAGUAGGAAGAGUAAAGAAUUAGAAGAAAAUCCAAAUGCUGGAAUGACGUUCUACUGGGGACCAUUACACCGAGUUAUACGAAUAGAGGGAACUGUUGAGAAAACUUCAGCUGAAGAUUCUGAUGAAUAUUUUAAUAGUCGACCAUUCAAAAAUCAAAUAGGAUCUAUGAUCAGUAACCAAAGUACUACUAUUGCUAAUAGGGAAAUUCUUCUAGCAAAAGAAAAGGAGUUACUUGAUCAAUAUACAGAAGAAAACAUUAAAAGACCAGAUUGGUGGGGUGGUUAUAUAAUUAAACCAAAAUCAGUUGAAUUUUGGCAAGGACAAAGCAAUCGUUUGCACGAUAGAAUUCUUUUCAGGCGACCAAUGCCUGGUGAAAGCAUUGAUAAUAUUUUUGUCCAUACAGGAGAAAAUGGAUGGGUAUAUGAAAGAUUAUCACCUUAACCACUUGCGCUGGAAGAACAUGUUAUGUAUUUCUAAUCUUGGUAUUAUUCCCAGGGUCUCAUUUUAAAAAUGAAGGUUUAAGUUAAAAACUCGUUUUCUCGAAUUUUUGAAAAAGCUUUAUUUUCUUUGAAAAAAAUUCUAUCAAAAAUUAAUCUUUUUUCAAGAAUAAUUUAUAUAUAAAAAAAACUUAAAAAUUCGAAAAAGCGAAGUCCUAAGAUAAACCUUUAUCUUCAAGAUGAGACCUUGUUCAUCAAAAUUAGUCAAGGAUUGCCUCAUUGUUGGCCUGAGUGGUGUUUUCGACAUAUUGCGUACAGUUGCGACCUUCAAAAUCUUUAUUAAAAGAGAAGAAACUCAUAUUCAUAGUACUGAUUUUCAAAUCAUAUUUGAAUAUGUAUAGUUUGUUUUCAUGAAGUAGAUGAUUGUCUACUUAUUAUGUGCGUAAACUUAGAUUUUUAUCCAUUUCAAAUACAAAGAAAUGAGUUUCAUGAUGCUUACAAGGAGAAACUAUGUUAACUCAUUCAGAUAUUUCAAUGAGUUUUGGAUAGAUAAUUUUGUGAUAAAACUAAGGAAGUAUAUAUUUUGUCAUUUAUGUUAGUGGGUAUAAGUUUAUAGAAUAUUAAGUUUUAAAAAAAUGUAUAUUUUAUUUUUUAUAUUUUAUAUUUUAUAUUCUAGAGAUACAGAAAUUUUAAAAGGAAAAUUUAGCAGAAUUAGAUUUGUAGUUCAGGAAUUGUAAGUUCAAGACUGAAUGAUGUCAGUUCUUUAUUAUACAGAUGUAAGUACAUUCAAUAAUUUAUUCUUUUUUCUUUAUUUGAUAGUUUAGUAAGCUAUCCACUCUUCCUACUAUCCAAUCUCUUAUAUUUAUUUCUAUGAAUAAUUGACAUUCUUUUCACAAUGAUCUGUGCCAGAUGGGAUACAGCAGCAGCACAAUUUUGACAAAUGGAUAUCAAUACAUUUAUUGAUUAUUUUAUCAAAAAUAAUAAUGAAUUAUAUAUUAUAUAUUAUUUUUAUAAAAAUCAAAUUAUGAGUUUGUUUCCAUAUUGUCUAUAAGGUUUUUCUUCUAGCGCUAUUUUUUUUAUAAUUCUCUCAGUUCACUCUACAUGAUUACUAUUAUAUUAUACUACUACUAUUACUAUAAUAAUAAUAAUAUAAUAAUGAUAAGAAUAUACUUGUAUAUAUCAUGUAUGUAUAUGAUGACGCUAAUUUAUAACAAAAGAAGAAAGAAUGUGUCAUCUCAUGUGAUUGUUUUUUAUGCGACUCUCAACAAAUUGUCUUCUUAAUAAUUUCGAUACAUACCACUCAUUGUUUGAUACGUCUUAUGUUUUAAUUUAUAUUAAAAUAAUAUAAUAUAUGUCUUCAUUAAUCAUUUUCGAUGAAAUA